UGUCGCGCCCGGCGGGACCCGCUGUCGCUGUCGCUGCUGUCGCCGCCCGUCCCGGAGCCCGCCUGCCCGCCGCGAUGGCUGAUGAGCUCAGUGACCUGCUGCGGGAGUUUGAUGAGGUGCUGGAGGACUUUGACAGGGGCCCCGCGUGUCAAUACGAGCAGCACUUGGAGGAGCUGAAGAGGAAAACGGGACACAGCGUGUACGACAGCGGCAUCGAGGAGCUGGAGAGUACCAGCACGUCCCCAGGCAGCAGUCUCAACUCCAGCGAGGAGGACCUCAACACCCCUGCCGACGCUUACCCCUCCAAAGCUAAGCUCGGCGACACGCAGGAGCUGGAGGAGUUCAUUGCAGACCUGGAUAAAGCGUUGGAGGAUAUGUGAGAGGCGGUUUUGGUGGCGAGUUUGGAGAGGAGGACCCCCCGCAGCAGAUGAGCCCCGUGCCCCUUCCCCCCCCCACCCCCCCCCGUGCACCCUCUGCUCCCCUGCCCCUGUCCCCCACCGCUCGCGGGGGUGACGGCUGUCUGUCCGGGCACGGGCAGUGAGUGGGGACCGAUCCUGCACUGGGACAGGGCAGCUGGGCCCUACUCUGCUCCCCACACGCAGGGCAGGACUCGGGGGAGGUGGGACGAGCUCUCGUGGUGGGGGGGGCACCAGGCUUUGCCCUCCUGGGGCCGGGGGGGGGGGGGGGCUGGCAGCUCUUGUGCCUGCGAGGGUUUGGGGUGGGGGGGUGUCUAUGCCACUGCUGGAGCCAGAAGAGGAGCCCUGGGUGAUUUUAGGGAAGAUCAGCUUGCAGUACAUCAGUGAGACCCUGGGGUGUGUGUCCCCCCCCCCGGGGAUCUGUGGCAGGCAGUGACAACCGCUGCUGGCCCUGCGCUUUGCACACCCGGCCCCCGAGAAAGCCCCUUCCCACACCCCGCGUGCCCCUGCCCCAACCGCUGCUGUAAAUACUGUAAAAAGGCUGUUACACACUGUACAGAGGGGAUGUAAUUUUUAUGAACGGGAUUUUAAGUCUC